AUGGGACAGAUUGCAAAUUUGUUAUCUAAGAGGUCUCCUGAGACUCUUCCCUCUGACACUGAAAAGAACCCAAAGGAAACAAUCAAAGCUGUAUCUCUGAGAAGUGGCAAAGCAUUAACUAACCCAGUGGUGAAAGCUAGCCUUGAGGUAGUUAACAAGCAGACUGAGACACCAUCAGAGAAAAAAAGUGAAGAGCAAAAAAGCCAAAGUAGCGAGGUACAAAAGGAGAUUGAAGAAAGUAGACAUAUGCAAGCUCUACCAUUCCCUCAAAAGAUAAAGCGGGAGAAACUUUACAAAUGUUUUGGGCGAUUUUUGGAGAUGCUCAAACAACUUUAUAUGAACAUUGCCUUCACAGAGGUACUCACUCAGAUGCCUGCUUAUGCAAAGUUCUUGAAGGAGAUCUUGUCUAGCAAGAGAAAAUUAGAGGAGACAAUAGUGGUCAAGCUGGAUGCCCACUGUAGUGCCAUAUUGCAAAACAAAAUUCCCCAAAAGUGUGGGGACCCAGGAAGCUUCACCAUACCAUGCUCGUUGGGGAGUGAGAAAUUUGAGAGGCCCUCUGCGAUUAAUCUAAUGCCUAUGUCCGUAUCAAAUUAA